AUGGCAAUUAGAUUAUUUUGUGAAGCAUACCGCUAUCAAUUAUUCGGCUCACGUUUUCAAUGGAUUAUUGUUGGCUAUUACGAACCUGAAUGGUGGCUAAAUAAUCCAGGCCCUUGUAAUACAUCGGAAGUUCUUACGGCACUCAAUGGUACACUUCAAACUCGUGUCGCUAGACUUGGCUAUCACGUCAAUACGCGAACAAUGGCUGAUUUAACUCCCGAUCAAUUUCAAUUCGAUUUAUCAAUGUUGAAAACAUCGGAUUAUUUUGUUGGCUAUGCUUUUGAUGCUAUUCUGACGUUGACAUCUGCCUUCGAACAGCUAAAAGAUUGUCCGAAUGAAUUUAGUAAUGAUUCCAUAUGGCGUCAAUCGUGUUGGCGUAAUGAAUUAAUUAAUAUUAUUAAAAACACCGAUAUCGAAGGUGUGACUGGACGUGUAUAUUUUAAUAAUGGCGAUCGGAUUGGUGAAAUCGCUAUUGAACAAAUUUUAGGUAGAAUAGAAGAAAUUCGAUGCAUAUUUUAUUCAACUUUUCGCAUAGUUUUUCAUAAUCACAAAUCGACACAAGUUGAUACUGUUCAAUUGUACGUUGCCUUACCAACGAAUCAAUCGAAAUAUAUUCUUUUACCAGCAAGAACUCAACGAAAUAUAACUUGGCAUGGCAACGGACCACCGAAUGAUCGUAUAAAACAUAUUGAACUUGAUCAACGAAUUUCAAUAUUAACAUAUACAAUAAUGGCUAUUCUUAGUGGUAUCGGAAUAUGUUUAGCAAUAGGGUUUUUUGUGUUUAAUAUUAUUUUCCGUACGCAUCGAUUUAUUCGAAUGUCAAGUCCACAAAUAAAUAAUUUAAUAAUAGCCGGUUGCAUUCUUUCGUAUGCAAGUGUUCUCCUAAUGGGUAUCGAUUCGACUCUAUUAGGAAAACGAAGUUCAGAAUCAUCUAUGAAUUUUAUUUGUGCAGCCCGUGUUUGGAUUCUGUCGAUUGGUUUUACGAUUUCAUUUGGAGCUAUAUUCAGUAAAACAUGGCGUGUUCAUGCAAUAUUUACGACAGUCAAUGCAUCAAAACGAGCAAUUAAAGAUUAUCGUUUGUUUAUUUUUGUUGGCGUACUAUUCGCUAUCGAUAUAGUUCUAUUAGCAGCAUGGCAAAUUGUUGAUCCUUUGAAAAUCUUUAAAGAUAUCAGUCAAACACAAACGAAAGAUGAAGAUGUUGUUAUCCUAUGGAUCUAUGAAGAAUGUCGAUGUAAUCGUCGACCGAUUUGGAUUACAAUGCAUUCGAUUUAUAAAGGUGUAUUGAUGGUUGUUGGCUCACGUUUUGCCUGGGCAACACGAAAUGUUCAUAUAACUGCAUUAAACGAUUCAGCCUAUGUUGGUAUGAGUCUUUACAAUGUUGUCCUAUUGAGUAUAACAACAGCUGUGGUUGGCUACUUUUUGCGUGAUCAGCCCGAACGUUCUUACAUUGUUACAUCAAUAUUUAUUUUACUAUGUGUUACAAUAAUAUUGUGCCUCGUGUUUGUACCUAAAGUUCGUGAAGUAGCAAAAGAUCCACGUUCAAUGGCGAAACCGCAACGGGCUGUUAUUUCAACUGUUAAACGAGUUUCAUUACAAGAAAAACUGCAUGACAAACAACAAACAUUGGUAUCGAUAAAACAUAUAGCAAGUCAAAAUCAAAUGUUAAGAUUAAAUGCAGUAAUGUGUGAUGUUCUAAUUAAUAAGCUAUUAGCUGCAAUCGACGAUCCCAAUCAUGAAGGAUAUCGAUAUGAGAUAUUUAUGCCUAUAUCAACAAGUACUACCGAUGAAUUAACACAUCCAGUCAUCGAUCCGAUUGGUUAA